AUGGUUUUUCAUAUUACAGGUAUGCAGGUAGCGUCGACAGCCGCCGUGUGCGUGAAUGCAGAGGUUCAGGGUGCAGUUACCAUUGGUGCGCAGUGCGCAGUGCAUCCUGGCGCUUGUUUACGCUCUACCACUGGCUCUAUUGUGCUUGGUGAGCGUUGCUUCGUCGAGGAUGGCGCUAUUCUGGUGAACGACACGGCAGAAGUGAUGAAGAUUGGCUUUGAUAAUCUUUUCGAGAGCGGAUGUAUAGUACAAAGCCACAGCAUAGGUAACGGCAAUCUAUUUGAGCCGAAGGCGCGGACAUUAGCGGGCUCAGUCAUCGGCGACAAUUGUGUGAUUGGUAGUGGCGUUGUGGUGACGGCAGGGGAGCACGUGCCAGACAACUCUAUUCUCGUGGCUGUGCAGAUACCACAAGGUGGCACACGCCGGAUCCUGGCCAUUCCUGUGCGAUGGAAUGCCUAUUUAAUGAGUGUGGCCACGUGGGAUUUUGCCACAUGCUGGUUUUGA